AUGACUUCCUUCGUCACCACCGUAAACCAGCGCGCGCGCAACCAAUUCCGCGCCCGCGGCGGCAAGGGCGGCAACACAAGCUACCAGCUACGCCAAUACGCCGAAGCCACCCUCGGCGGCGGCAGCCUGCGCAAGGUCGUCAAGCUACCGGAAGGCGAAGACGAGAACGAGUGGCUAGCGGUGAACAUGGUGGACUUCUACAACCAGGUGAACCUUCUAUACGGCGCCAUUACCGAGUUCUGCUCGCCGCAGUCGUGCCCGGAGAUGAAAGCGACGGACGAGUUCGAAUACCUAUGGCAGGACGGCGAGACGUACAAGCGGCCCACCAAGAUGGCCGCCCCGGACUACAUCGAGCAGCUCAUGUCGUGGGUCCAGGCGUCCAUCGACAACGAGUCCGUCCUCCCCUCCCGCAUCGGCGUCCCCUUCCCCAAGUCCUUCCCCGCCCUCGUCCGCCAGAUCUUCAAGCGCAUGUACCGCGUCUACGCCCACAUCUACUGCCACCACUACCCCGUCAUCCGCGAGCUCGGCCUCGAGCCUCACCUCAACACCUCCUUCAAGCAGUACGUCCUCUUCAUCGACGAGCAUAACCUCGCCACUGGCAAGGACUUCUGGGGGCCUCUCGGUGACCUCGUCGAGAGCAUGCUGCGUAGCGAUUGA